GGAAGUCAUUUUGCAAGGGGGUGGGUUCGAGCAUGUGGCGUGCGCAGUGAGGAAGUUGAUAAGGGAGGGAGAGGAGAACGCCCUGAACGUGGUGCAGUGGGGGCCCAAGAGGCAUGCUGUGACAGUCCCGGGAAGCUUGGGCCCACAUUCGAAUCCACAUCAGAGGCAUCCAGGUCUUGGUGGUGAAACCAGCACCUUAAAGGACUCACCAUGGCUGGUAUAAAGACAGCCAGUGGGGAAUAUAUUGAUGACUCUUGGGAGCUCAGCGUGUUCGUGGAGGAUCUGGGACCUGAGGCUGAUCCAGUCCCACUCCGAGUGUCCGGCAGCAUGCAUAUUGGAGGUGUCAUGCUCCAAAUAGUGGAUAAAUUAAAACUGCCGCGAGACUGGUCAGACCACGCCCUGUGGUGGGAGCAGAAGAAAAGGUGGCUCUUGAAUACACACUGGAGCCUGGAUAAAUACGGGGUUUUGGCAGAUGCCCGCCUGCUCUACACACCACAGCACAAGCCGGUGCGUCUUUCCUUGCCGAACCGGUGCGUCGUUCAUAUCCGAGCCAACUUUGCCCAGCCGGUCUUCACCGCGGUGAUCGACAUCUGCAGGGUACUUGGUAUCCGUCAUCCUGAAGAGCUGUCCUUGCUGCGUGCACCUGCUGAGAAGGAGAAGCGGAAGCACAAGGAGAAAGAAGGAAGUGCCGCAGAGUCCUAUGACCUGACAGGAGUCCGGCUCCCAACAAAUGCCGAGCAGCAGCUGUUCCGCGGGAUGCCUGCUCACUUUUCCGACAGUGCCCACACCGAAGCCUGUUACAGAAUGCUGUCCAUCAGUCAGACGGGGCUGACCCCUGAGCAGCUCUUGCGCAUGCAGCGGCCAGGAUCCCUUGUGGAGAAGACUCAGAUCAACAGCCGGUGGUUGGAUUCAUCACGGACUCUGCUGCAACAAGAUAUUAAAGAAAACGAUCAUCUCUGGCUACGCUUCAAAUAUUACAGCUUCUUUGACCUAGAGCCAAAGUAUGAUGCCGUGCGGAUAAACCAGCUGUACGAACAGGCCCGUUGGUCUGUGCUGCUGGAGGAGACAGAUUGCACUGAGGAAGAGAUGGUGGUCUUCGCUGCUUUGCAGUAUCGGAUCAACCAGCUGUCCUUGAACACCAGCCCCACAGACCACACUGGAGAUUCUGGCCUUGAUGACCUGGAUGCUGCUCUUGCCACACUGGAGGUCAAACUGGAGGGGAAAUCAACAACUCCAAAUGUUCUGGACAGUCUCACAGCCAUCCCAGAGUUGAAGGAUUACCUCCGAAUACUCAGGCCCCGCAAGCUGACGCUCAAAGGUUACAAGCAAUACUGGGUGACCUUCAAAGAGACAGCCAUCUCCUACUACAAGAGUCCUGAGGAAGCGCUAGGAGAGCCGGUGCAACAGCUUAAUCUCAAGGGCUGUGAGGUGGUACCCGAUGUCAACAUCUCAGGGCAGAAAUUCUGCAUCAAGCUACUGGUUCCUUCACCAGAUGGAAUGAGUGAAAUUCACUUGCGCUGUGCAGAUGAGCAACAGUAUGCCCAGUGGAUGGCCGGCUGCCGGCUGGCAGCAAAAGGCAAAACUAUGGCGGAUGCAUCGUACCAGGCCGAGGUCCAGAACAUCCUGUCCUUUCUACAACUGCAGCGGGCUAACCCUGAUGCUCCUCUUGCUACCGAAGCUGAGGCUGCCCAGUGGCUGGUGUCACCCCGUUACCAGAAGAAAUUCAAACCCAAGCAGUUAACCCCGCGCAUCCUGGAAGCCUAUCAAAACAUGUCUCAGCUCUCGCUCGUCGAUGCCAAGAUGAAAUUUAUCCAAGCCUGGCAGUCGCUCCCCGAUUUUGGCAUCUCUUACUUCGUGGUCAGGUUCAAGGGCAGCCGGAAGGAUGAAAUCCUGGGCAUUGCCAAUAACCGCUUGAUCCGCAUCGACCUGGCUGUUGGGGACGUGGUGAAGACAUGGCGAUUCAGCAACAUGCGCCAGUGGAAUGUGAACUGGGAUAUCCGGCAGGUAGCCAUUGAGUUCGACGAGCACAUCAACGUGGCUUUCAGCUGCAUCUCUGCCAGCUGCAAGACGGUGCACGAAUAUAUUGGUGGCUACAUCUUCCUGUCAACCCGCACCGCUGACAGUGGCCAGGAGCUGAAAGAAGACCUCUUCCACAAGCUGACGGGGGGCCACGAAGCCCUCUGACCUGGCCCCACCCAGCCUAACCUUCACCCCUGGCAUCAUACGGGCAGGUCUGCCUCCUCUAGCAGUUGUCGGGCUAGUGCUGAUGGGAACCUGAUGUGUCCCCCUAAGGACUUGAAAAACCAAGCUACAACUGAUGUGGGAGGCCAGGGAUCUGAUUUCCACCCUUCAUUAGUUUCUGAAAGCAUCUCUGUGCAGUUCCUGGGAUGGCAGGAAAAAGUAGCUCUCCCCCAGGGUUGCCAAUCCCCAGGUGAGGCCAGGUGUUCUCCCUGAAUUACAACCAAUCUCCAGACUACAGAAGUCGGUUCCCCUGGAAGAAAUGGUGCUUCAGAGGCUGGUCUCUAUGGACCCAUGUCCCAGCUGAGUUCCCCCCCAGGCUUCACCCCCAAAUAUCCAGGAAUUUCCUAACUCAGAGUUGGCAACUGUAAUCUCACCCCCCCCCCUCCAAAUUCCAAGUGCUGUUUCCCAAACAGACACAAUCACAAAGUAUGCCCUGUUAAGGAAAACAGAACAAAACAAAAAAGUACUGGGAGAAUGUCUCUCUUCCCCAUCCCACCAUGUUAGGGCUAGAAGCAGGUGUGUGUGUGUGUGGGGAAAAUAGCAUGGGAGAAGGAGAGCUGAUUUGAUUGAUUUGAUUCAUUGGAUCGAUAUCCUGCCCUCCCCACCGAAGGAGGCUCAGGGCAGCUGACCCUCCUCUUGGGCUCCUCGGCAGCACUAGGAGAUUUGACCCCCAGGGGUCUUGUGUACUUUGGUUGUAGGAAAAUAGGGAAUUUGGGCUAAGUAAGAAAAGAAUUGAUGGAGGUGGGGGGGGGGGCUGCCGAUCUUAUUUUAACAGUAUUGAAUUUUAAGUCUGUUUUACUGAAGGCCCCUUGACUGGAUUUUGCUUUUUGUUUUCUUAUUUGCCCUGAAGAGCUAUAAAUAAAAAUGUCCUUCCUGAUUCUCA